UGUAUACAUUGAACGUGAAUUAAGUUUGUAUAAAAACUAUUCACGUAGGUGUAGUUACCUACACUGAAUUAGAUUUAAGUACCUACCUACUACCUACCUAUCUACCUACCUACCUUCCUGUUUAGCUGCCUAUCUACCUACCUACCUGCCUGCCUAGGAGCUCCGUUACAUAGCGUCUCGUGUUCGUUCGACGACUAGAGUUAGUACUUCCAUUAUAUUUCUCUUCCUUGUCUUUUGUCGUGCGUCGACCACUGAAAAUGAAAUCAAGUCUCAACGAGCCUCUCGUUAAAAGUGACCGAACUCGACUUUGUCCAGAUCCAUUUGAGGAGGAAAGGAGUAUUUUAACUUCGUCGAUCGAGGAAAUAAAAGAAGAAACGACGACGACUACGACGACGACGACGACGACGACGACUAUGGGGUUGGUCCUGGAAAAGAAUGGAAUUGAAACGAAACCGAACGGCAAGGUUGAAACCAAAGUUGAAAGAAAGGUUAAGAACAAAGAUGAAAAAAAGGUUGAUAUCAAAGGGGAAUCGGAUACGAAGGAGGAGGAAGACAUCGAACGAUCUGAUUGGCAAACGAAAAUUUCCAAUAAGGUCGAGACGAUCGAUGAUGAUUCGGCCAAUGCGAAUGAGGAUGUCGAGAUUGUUGUGGAGAUCGCCGAUAAGAAGAAAGAAGGAGAAAAAAAAAACGAAGAAGAAGAAGAAAAAAAGAAGAAGAAGAAGGAGGAAGAGGAGGAGGAAGAGGAGGAGGAGGAGGAGUUAGAUAGGAAAGAUCGACAAAAGGAUUUUUAUCAUCUAGAUUCAGAUCAAUAUCUCGAUGAUUCGAUAUUUGAUAUCGGAGACUUAGAAGACGAAUGGUAUCCUAGAAUGGAAGCGCUUCCAUCGGACGAAUUAGUCGAUUCUAUCAGCGACAUUUGCACCUGUCAUAAACCGGAAGAACGUAUAUCUAUACCUCCCACGCCACCCCCCUGCGAUCCAGUCGAGGAAUUUAUUAAAAGAAUGGAAAGGGAUAUUGACAAGGAUCAACUUGUAAGGAUUUUUCAAAUAGACGGUAUUGGUCCCAAGGUUUCGGAGAUAAAAGUUACAGCUGUUAAUAUUUGGUUAUGCGAGUGUGCUCGUAGACAGAAUGGUUACGUAGGACCACGUAAUAUCAAACAUUUCCUAUGUCCAGAUCUUCAGGAUUCUAACGAUUGCAAUAAUUAAUAAUCGAAGAGAAGAAUUUGCGUUUAUCUUUUUCCAUUUUAAAACGAUUCUAACGACAAUCCUGAAUUUAUCCGAUUGAUUUUUAUAUUAGCUAUGUAUGGUAUUAUCUAUCUACGUAUGUACACACACACACACACACACAUAUAUAUAUACAUAUAUACGUAUAUAUAUGUAUAUAUGUGUGUAUGUAAUAGGUACGUUUAAUUUCUCAUCGACGAAAGAACUUAAAUUUCUCCAUAAAUGAAUUUUCCAAUUGCGACGUAAAUACCGAUCCUACCGAAUCGCAUUUGCCCAAGAUUUUAUGUGCCGUUUUACGCAAAUAUAUAUAUAUAUAUAUAUAUAUAUAUAUAUAUAUAUAUAUAUAUAUGUGUAUAUAUAUACUCUAUCUCGCAGAUUUUACAUAUUAAAACGUAACGCUUCGUUUCGUUCACAAAAUAUAAUCCACCACGUGAGAUGCAUUAACGAAUCGUAAUAUCAUCGUUUCUUUCCCCCUUGCCCCCACCCCACCUCUAUCCCCUUUCUUUCUCUGUUUUUUCCUAUUUGUUCUUUUUGUUCCCCCUCCCUCUCUUCUUUACAACACAAAAGAACGUAUUAUUUGCCGUGAAAUAAUUUUUUAAUCGGUAUGCAAUGUUACAAGUACUUACUCGGAUGCUACUCUAAUAUAUACAAUUAUUCUGUACUAUGUAAUUUUAUGCAAAGUAAAAAAAUGCGAAUGAGUUUCCUUUAAUUAUUGUAUCAGUUCAUUUUUCUUCUUUCUCUCUCUCUCUCUCUCUCCCCUCUCUCUCUCUCUCUCUCUUUUUUCUGUUUUCAUUCGGAAUAAUAAAAUACAUCAGAGAUUAUUGUGCUUUUCUAGCUUAAAACCUUAAAAAUGUCAUUGAAUCCUUUCCGUUCGAUCGAUACACUGUUAUUCCAUACCACUUCCUUCUUUCCCCUCCUCCCACCACACCCCUUACUCCCUCCAAAGAACAAAUAUCCUCUAUAUAAUAAAAUAAUUUUAUUUUAUUUAUAUUAUAGUUCACGAUUUGCUCGUGUAAUCAGAUAAACGUAAUAAACAUUUGUAUAGAAAUACAGGUAGUCAUUGAUUAUUGGAAAAAAAUUUGUGAGUA